AUGCAGUCUAAGGGCUCGAAUCGAAUCCCUGACGGCAAAAACCAUAAGAAUUCUAAAAAAGGAGAUGAGAAACCUGAAGUUUUGUCCAAAAAACAAAGCAAUGGCUCGACAUCUCGUCAUAAAUUAUCAGUUAAUCGUAUUUUGGAGUCUCAACAACAAAUGCGAGCACUGGAGGCUUCCAAUGGGAAACUCCAUGUAAGCAAUACAGGAGUUAUUGAAAUUAACCAAAUGAUAGCUGAUAACGAUAAUAAUUCAGCGGCAAACAGCAAUUUUCAGACGUCUCCGUCUAAUGCUAAGCAUUUUGGAACUAGUAAGUAUCUAGAAACUACUUCAGAAGAUUCACAAAACUCAAGUGAUUUUACUUUGCCAGAAGCAAAGCAUCAAAAGCCAAAAGCCGAGCAAAACAUUGUUAACUACAAUCAAAGCAAAGAAAAUGAUUCAUCAAAUUCCCCAGAAACGCCUCCGAAAAAGGCAAAGGCUUCUUUACCAAAACCGCCUCCUGAAAUACAGAAAAGAGCAAACCAGAGAUCAAGGCAACUCAAAUAUGCUUCGUCAAUUUCAGCAGAAUCCAUUACAAAUUCGAAUGAUAACGAUUCUGCUAAACCUGAAAAAGAAAACUGGAAUCAUGAGCCAGCAGAAAGCAUUAGACAAAAAGUUGAACGUGAAUCUAAAGCUUCUGAAAAGCCAAAAUCAAAUAUUAAAAAUUCUAACCAAGAAAAUUCAAAAAUUCCUAAUAAAGUCAUUACAAAACCAAAGGUUCGUAAGCAUAGAUUAUCAAGGAAUAAUAAUUCUUCAACAAAUUCAUCAAAUAACGUUUUAGCAUCUCCAAACAACAAAAAGGAGAAUAAAAACACUUUUAUAUCAGCUUCAUCGUCAAAUCAGAGUAUUCCUUCGCUUAAUUCUGAAGAUGCACCUCUUCGCGAGCCUACAAAACCUCUUAGAACAAGAUCUCGAAGAAGCCCCGUCAAAAAGAAGCCAACUCAGAAAGAUCUGAAUGAUGAUGAGAAGCCAAUACCUAUUGAUGACGAUAGUGAUGACGAAAAAGAGAAAUCGGCUCAAAAAAGAAAUUUAUAUUUUUUUUCUGAAGCAAGUGACGAACAUAAGCAGCAGAAACUCAAAUCUAAUCGUCCAGCACCAUUAGUUACGUCUUUUCCUUCGAGAAAUAAGAAGACGAGGGAAAUUAACGCUGCAUUAACAGAAAGAAACGAACAACUUCCUCCAGAUCGGUUCGUAUUAACAAAUGUUGAUGCUUUGACGAAGAAUGGACCCGGGAAAGACUAUAUUCCACCAGAUUGGAACAUUUCAUGCGUAAAAAUACCUGCUCCGAAUGAUGCUACGUAUAUCCAUAAGAAGCAAUCUACAUAUUCGAUGUCAUCCAUUAUGAAUGGCGUCAAAAGAACUUAA